ACUGGGGCGCGGCGCCCGCGACUCGGGGGCGCGCACGUCAUUGGCUGCCGUCGGCUGACUUCCGGUGGUGCCAAAGCCGUGUUUCCGCGGGAUCAGGCCGGCUUGAUGGAACGGAAGUGGGAUUUCUAAAAUGUUGCCUUGUAAGAAGAGAAGAACUACAGUGACAGAGUCCCCACAGCAUAAGAGCAACCAGGAUGAAGACAACAUAGGCCUGGAAUCAGCUAUUAAACAAGAAUCUGACCUGGUUAAAGACUUGGGGUCAGUGUCAUUGUCCUGGGGUCCGAGUCAUGGCAGAGUAGCUGGCUUUGAAGUACAGUCUGUUCAGGAUGCAGGAAGUCAGCUUCUUAUGGAGGAUGUAUCUUUGAGAUCUGGGAUGCUCAACCAGGACACAAAUGUACCAAUUCUAGAUGCUGUUGAUGUGGCCGUCUCUCAGGGAAUCACCCUAUCUUCCUUGGAGUCGUCACACCUCCUUAAUAUACACACUGGUAAAGGAAAGCUUCAGGCCACGGGCUCAAGGAGAGGGAAGAAAACUGCACUUAGGCCUGGGCAGAUAGCCCAAGAAGACAGAGGUGACCAUUCUAUCAUAAAGGAUCCUUUUUCAGGAGAGCCUAGUGAAGAAAAGGAAGAAGGAGGGAAACAUCAGAUGCAUUCUGGAAGGGAGAUGUCUUCAGUGUCCUCGGGCAACCAAUCUGCAAAACUGGGAACCCAGCUGAGGAAAUCAUCCCAACCAGAUGUUUGUGCCUCCCCUCAAGAAAAGCCACUCAGAACUCUGGCUCACCCACUUGAGGAGGAGGUAGAGGAUGGUGGACUCUUUAUUCCAAUGGAAGAGCAAGCCAAUGAAGAAAAUGAGAAAAGGAGAAAAAAGAAAAAGGGUACCAAGAGGAAACGAGAUGGAAGGGGCCAAGAGGGGACCUUGGCUUAUGACCUGAAACUGGACGACAUGCUUGACCGUACCUUAGAGGAUGGCGCCAAGCAGCACAACCUAACAGCAGUCAAUGUGCGAAACAUCCUUCAUGAAGUUAUCACAAAUGAACAUGUGGUAGCUAUGAUGAAAGCAGCCAUCAGUGAGACAGAAGACAUGCCAAUGUUUGAACCCAAAAUGACACGCUCUAAACUGAAGGAAGUGGUAGAGAAAGGAGUGGUAAUUCCAACAUGGAAUAUUUCACCAAUUAAGAAGGCCAAUGAAAUUAAGCCUCCUCAGUUUGUGGAUAUCCACCUUGAAGAAGAUGAUUCUUCAGAUGAAGAAUACCAGCCAGAUGAUGAAGAAGAAGAUGAGACUGCUGAAGAGAGUUUACUGGAAAGUGAUGUUGAAAGCACUGCUUCAUCUCCACGUGGGGCAAAGAAAUCCAGAUUGAGGCAGUCUUCAGAGAUGACUGAAACAGAUGAGGAGAGUGGCAUGUUAUCAGAGGCUGAGAAAGUCACCACCCCUGCCAUCAGGCACAUCAGUGCUGAGGUGGUGCCCAUGGGGCCCCCACCCCCUCCAAAGCCAAAACAGACCAGGGAUAGUACUUUCAUGGAGAAGUUGCAUGCGGUAGAUGAGGAACUGGCUUCCAGUCCAGUCUGCAUGGAUUCUUUCCAGCCCAUGGAUGACAGUCUCAUUGCUUUUCGAACGCGCUCCAAGAUGCCCCUGAAAGAUGUUCCCUUGGGUCAACUAGAAGCAGAGCUCCAAGCUCCAGACAUCACCCCAGAUAUGUAUGACCCCAAUACAGCAGAUGAUGAAGACUGGAAGAUGUGGCUAGGGGGACUCAUGAAUGAUGAUGUGGGAAAUGAAGAUGAAGCAGAUGACGAUGAUGAUCCAGAGUAUAAUUUCCUGGAAGAUCUUGAUGAACCAGACACAGAGGAUUUCCGUACUGACCGGGCUGUGAGAAUCACCAAAAAGGAAGUAAAUGAGCUGAUGGAAGAGCUUUUUGAAACUUUCCAAGAUGAGAUGGGAUUCUCCAACAUGGAAGAUGACGGCCCAGAAGAGGAGGAGCGUGUGGCUGAGUCUCGGCCUAACUUUAACACCCCUCAAGCCCUACGGUUUGAGGAACCACUGGCCAACUUGCUGAAUGAACAACAUCGGACAGUGAAGGAGCUAUUUGAACAGUUGAAAAUGAAGAAAUCUUCAGCCAAACAACAGCAGGAGGUAGAGAAGGUUAAGCCCCAGAGUGAGAAAAUACAUCAGACUCUGAUUCUAGAUGCAGCACAGAGAAAGAGACUCCAGCAGCAGAUGCAGCAGCAUGUUCAGCUGUUGACGCAAAUCCAUCUUCUCGCCACCUCAAACCCCAGUCUCGAUUCAGAGGCCAAUACAACCAGGAUAUUUCUUAAAGAGCUGGGAACCUUUGCUCAAAGCUCCAUGGCCCUUCACCAUCAGUUCAACCCCAAGUUUCAGACCUUGUUCCAACCCUGUAACUUAAUGGCAGCUAUGCAGCUUAUUGAAGACUUCAACACACAUGUCAGCAUUGACUGGAGUCCUCAUAAAACCGUCAAGAAGACUGCCAAUGAAUUUCCCUGUUUGCCAAAGCAAGUGGCUUGGAUACUGGCCACAAGUAAGGUUUUCAUGUAUCCAGAGCUACUUCCAUUGUGUUCUCUGAAGGCAAAGAAUCCCCAGGAUAAGAUCCUCUUCACCAAGGCUGAGGACAAUUUGUUAGCUUUAGGACUGAAGCAUUUUGAAGGGACUGAGGUUCCUAACCCUCUAAUCAGCAAGUACCUUCUGACCUGCAAGACUGCCCGCCAGUUGACCGUGAGAAUCAAGAACCUCAACAUGAACAGAGCUCGGGACAACAUCAUUAAAUUUUAUAAGAAGACCAAACAACUACCCGUCUUAGUGAAGUGUUGUGAAGAGAUCCAGCCCCACCAGUGGAAGCCUCCUGUAGAGAGGGAAGAACACCGGCUCCCAUUCUGGUUAAAGGCCAGCCUGCCAUCCAUCCAGGAUGAACUGCGGCAAAUAGCUGAUGGAGCUAGAGAGGUAGGAAAUGUGACUGGAAUCUCUGAGAUCAAUUCAGAUCGAGGCCUAGAGAAAGACAGCUCGGAUUUGGGGAGUGAAACUCGGUACCCACUGCUGUUGCCUAAGGGUGUAGUCCUGAAACUGAAGCCAGUUGCCAACCAUUUUUCCAGGAAGGCUUGGAGACAGAAGCGAUCGUCCGUCCUGAAGCCCCUCCCUAUCCGACCCAGCCCCUCUUUCCAGCCUAGCUUCAACCCGGGGAAAAUGCCAGCCAGGUCAACUCAGUCAGAAGCCCCUCCGAGCAAAAUGGUGGUCCGGAUUCCUCACCCGAUCCAGCCAGCCACUGUUCUCCAGACAGUUCCUGGUGUCCCUCCACUGGGGGUCAAUGGGAGUGAUAGUUUUGAGUCUCCUGCAGCACUGCCUGCUCUGCCCUCUGAGGCCACAACCAGCUUUCUUCCAACUGAGUCCCAGACCUUGCUUUCUUCUACUCCUGUGCCCAAGGUAAUAUUACCCUCCCUUGGCCCCUCUAAGUUUCGAAAGCCAUGUGUGAAACGGAGGACUUCAAAGAGAAAGAGGGCCAAAGCCUCUCCCUGUAUGAAACUUGCCCCCCUCAUUCAUUCUGCCCCCGUUAUCUUCACUGUGCCUGCCACCACUGUAAAGAUUUUGAGCCUCAGCAGUGGCUGUAACAUGAUCCAGCCUGUCAGUGCAACUGUGGCCCAGAGCCCCCAGACUAUUCCCAUCACUACCCUCUUGGUUAACCCUACUUCCUUCCCCUGUCCACUGAACCAGCCCCUUGUGGCCUCCCCCAUCUCACCCUUAAUUGUUUCUGGCAACUCGGUGAAUCUUCCUAUACCAGCCACCUCUGAAGAUAAGGCCCAAGUGAAUGUGGACAUUAAUUGUCCUUUGGCUGAAGGGAAAAAUGCCUUUCAGGGCCUAGAACCCAAAUUAGAACCCCAGGAACUACCUCCUCUUUGUGCUACUGUUUUUCCCAAAGUGGAACCUAGCCUAGGACCUCCACCAACAGAUAAAGAGUGCCAGGAAAGAUUGUCCGAUAACAGUGCCUAUGGCUGGACUAUUGUGAAAACAGAGGAGGGAAGGCAAGCUGUGGAGCCACUGCCUCAGGACUUCCAGGAAUCUCUAAACUCCUUCCCUGGGAAGUUAGAGGAAAUUGUCAAGAUGGAACCUGAAGACACUCAGGAGGAAUUCGGUGGAUCCCCUGAGCAGGACAUUUGUGAUGAAGUGAAAGAAGAGCACUCUGUGGAACUGGACAUUGGCUCCCCAAGUGAGGAGUUGAGCAGUGCUAGAGAGAGAAAGAAACAGACAGUCUCACCAAAGGAAGAGGAGAGGAGUCAGCCCGCCAGAGCCCCCUCAGCUUCUCAUGAACCUCCUGAUGAAGGAAACGCAGGGGGAGAUGUGAGCAAAGGAUCGCCAAAGAAUGCCUCGUCUUCCACGGACCCUCCUGAAAUGGUGCUUGGUACCCCCCCAGGGAAGCCUGAAGACUCAUCCAGUAUGGAUGGUCAGUCAGUGGGGACACCAGCGGGGCCGGAAACCGGAGGAGAGAAAGAUGGCCCAGAGGAAGAAGAAGAAGAGGACUUCGAUGACCUCACCCAAGAUGAGGAAGAUGAAAUUUCAUCAGCUUCUGAGGAAUCUGUGCUUUCUGUCCCUGAACUCCAGGAAACAAUGGAGAAACUGACUUGGCUGGCAUCUGAAAGGCGCAUGAGUCAAGAGGGUGAGUCUGAAGAAGAGAACUCCCAGGAAGAAAACUCUGAGCCAGAAGAAGAGGAAGAAGAGGAAGCAGAAGGAGUGGAAAGCCUGCAGAAAGAGGAUGAAAUGACUGAUGAAGCUGUUGGAGACUCUGCUGAGAAGCCCUCUUCCACCUUUGCCUCACCCGAGACUGCUCCAGAAGUGGAGAGCAGCAGAACCCCACCAGGAGAGAGCAUCAAAACUGCUGGAAAGGGCCGGAGCAAUCACCGAACUCGCAACAAGCGGGGAAGUCGGGCUCGGGCCAACAAGGACACCUCCAAGCUGCUGUUGCUGUAUGAUGAGGACAUACUCGAGCGGGAUCCACUCAGGGAACAGAAGGACUUAGCCUUUGCCCAGGCUUAUCUGACCAGGGUACGAGAAGCCUUACAGCAUAUCCCUGGCAAGUAUGAGGACUUCCUUCAGGUCAUCUAUGAAUUUGAGUCAAGUACCCAGAGGCAGACAGCUGUGGAUCUCUACAAAAGCCUGCAAAUUCUGCUCCAAGACUGGCCUCAGCUCUUGAAGGACUUUGCUGCUUUCCUGUUACCUGAGCAAGCUCUGGCUUGUGGAUUAGUAAGUAAAUGAGCAUGAAGAGUAUACCUUAAAUCUGGGUCAGAGUGCAACUGGGAUCAAGUGGAGUUGGAUAAGACUGUUCAGUCUCCCAACUGUCCCCAGACAGAUAGCUUACUCCUAGCCCAAGUUAUAAGAGUCUCUGUCUUCAAGGAAUGAUCUUCCCAACCCUAUUCUCCCAUUUUCUUUACAUGGCAUUGAGGGGAUUUUACCUUUAGUUGCCAAUGGAGACUUAGGUAAGUCAUAUAUUACCUGCUCCUCACUGGAAUAA